AUGAACGUCGAACGUUGCAUCGAGCUCCACAACGAAAUCGUGCAGCAUGGCUGGGUCGGCUCAGGCCGCUCUCCAGAAACACUAACCUCACAAUCCAAAAGCUGGUUUCAGUUGCACGGGGAAAAAGCCGAAGCCGCACGGUCUGAUCUCUCAGCCGAGCUCAUCCAAUUCCUCGAGCAAGCACAAGAUCCAUAUGCACAAGAGAGGGAAUCAUAUCUAGGAUUCUUUCACUGGGUAUCUAAUCUCUCUGGACCAGGUUACAUGUUCGAAUUCGAGGACUUGCUGUGGCCAUGGGACUACGAAGCCCGUACAGGUGAGAAGCAAAAGGACAUUAGAAGAAGGCGUUUGGUUUUGUACCAGGCGGGGCACUUUGGGACAGGACAUACUUGUGGACUGAUAUACGACCAGAAAACAAAUUUGUGCAUAUUGGCUCUUACCCUGUAUGACAUGGACGGUAUGGAUGAACGGAAAUGGUAUCCGCUAGAGACCGUCCUUAGCUUCUGGCUCUCCCAGAUUCGCCAAGGAAGUAUCCAGGCCACACCAGAAAAAGGAGGCAAGCUCAGGGAAGAAUGGCCUGCUCUAAGGGAAAGCCAGGAUCCCUCGAAUUGGGUCUUCGUCCCGUAUAACGAGGUUAUGAUGAAAAGAAACCUGGAGAUCUGGGACAAGCUCGUUGAGGCGAUAGAGAGCCGCAUGCCUAUGGAAAGCAUGUCCGCGCAGCCCAUAUGCGGCAUCCUCGAAAACAACGUGCGCAAAACUAUAAGCCUACCACAACGAUUUGCAUACAAUUUUCUCUUUCGUGCCCGCCGCCCGCGUUUCAAGAAAAUAGCCCCAGGUCUCCGCGUCAUCACCUCAUCAGACUUUCCCGACCAACCUUUUCGCUCGCACAUGUCUAAAGAAAAAGAUGAAAUACCACCCAUCCUACUCUUUCGAUCUGAACUCAACUUCUUCGAAGAUCCAACCUGGAGCCCGGGUCUUGACGCUCGAAUGCCACACUUUUACGACUAUCGCGAUGUUAGAAUCUACCCUUCUGGCUUGUAUCUGUUGCCUACUGAAUACGACCACCUAAAUCUAGAAGAUCAGAUCUCAUUCGUUUUGCCUUUUGCUAUCGGCGGAAACGAGUAUGCGAGGAGGAGUGAUGGGCAGAAAUUUAUGGACUGCAGACAGCAUGGGAACAACAGCUUCACACAAUUGUACUCGCGUGGGAGACAGUCUCUUGAAGAUUUUCAAUCGCAGAGUCUAGCGUGUGUACUUGAGAACUGGCCGGGCAUGGUAGAAGGGGGUAUUUGGAAGGUAAAUGAGAAUGGUGUAGUGGGUGAUAUGGAAACGUGGAAGGAGGCAGAUACGGAGGAAGGGUGGGAGAAGUACGUUAUACCAAGUGAGGAAUCAUGUCAUCACGAGUGGGAAGUCCUGUAA